AGGUUGGGCCGCCGGGCCGCUGGAUUCGCUUGUUCUCGUUCCUCAAGUGGAUUCGAAGGGUCCCUGGGUGCCCUCGUCUUUCUUCCCUGCAAAUCUCUCCGCACACCGCUCGGCUUGCGGCGAUGGAGUGCGUGUUCGGGCUCGUCGGCGACGGCUUCGCCUUGAUCGCGGCGGACACAUCCGCCGUCCACUCGAUCCUGGUCCACAAAUCCAACGAGGACAAGGUCAUGAUCCUCGACUCCCACAAGCUCCUCGGCGCCUCCGGCGAGGGCGGCGACCGGGUGCAGUUCACGGAGUACAUCCAGAAGAACGUCCACCUCUACCAGUUCCGGAACGGCAUCCCACUCACGACCGCCGCCACCGCCAACUUCACCCGUGGCGAGCUCGCCAUCGCCCUCCGGAAGAAUCCAUAUUUUGUGAGCAUUCUACUGGCUGGUUAUGACAAGGAUAUUGGUCCAUCUCUUUACUACAUCGACUACAUUGCAACUCUGCACAAAAUUGAAAAGGGUGCAUUUGGUUAUGGAUCCUACUUUUCCUUAUCAAUGAUGGACCGACACUAUCGCAGCGGGAUGUCAUUAGAAGAAGCAAUUGAUUUGGUAGACAAGUGCAUAAUGGAAAUCCGAUCUAGACUGGUUGUUGCCCCACCAAACUUUGUGAUCAAGAUUGUUGACAAGGAUGGAGCAAGGGAGUAUGGGUGGCGUGAAUCUAUUAAAGAUGCUGGAGUUGCUGCAGCUUAAAGUUGUAUGUUUCUUUUUCCUCUCGAAAGAGCCUCAUGGAUUGAUUCUGUGAUGAACUGAGCCUCUUGGAUUGAUUCUGUGAUGAACUGUGGUUGGAAUAUGAUUUAGAUGCACUUUAUUAUGACAAUAUGUUCCUUCACUAGUGAUCUUUCACUUUUCUUUACUGAA